AUGUCUUCCACCCCCUCGACCCUAACUCCCACCGUCUCAAUCCCUUUUCUCAACCUCCCCCCAGAAUUGCGCCUCAAAAUCUACACAUACGUCCUCACCUCCCCAGAGCCCGUCACCAUCACUCCCUCAAGCACUACCUCUUCACAAUUCUCUCAAUUCCUCUCAUUCGCCGUCGGACUCGACUCCUCAUCAUUGUCACCACCUAGCACUCCCACCGCGACCAUCCCGUCCCAGAAAUUGUUGACCCCCUACCCCGUCUCAGCCCAAUUGCUCCGCACCUCCCGCCUCAUCCACGCCGAAGCCACGUCCAUCCUCUACACAGCCAACACGUUCAACUGCUCCUCUCACUCCGCCCUGCCCAUUCUGCUCCAGACGCUAACGCCCGCGACCUCCGCGCUCAUCGUACACCUCAUCCUCGACUGGGACCAACUCCAAGAUUUUUCCUGGUCGCUCUCCAAGCCCGCCACCGUCCACGCGACAUCGGGCCUCCAGACCCUCGACCUAGCCACCUGGCGCAUGCGCGUGCUCGGCGGCUCGUCCAGCCUCUGGCGCGAUGUCAAAUCCUACGAGCGCCAAAUCUGCCAGGCCGCGCUAGACAUCACGCGCAAGCACCCCCGCCUCAAGGUCGUCCUGGCGCGCACGUUCUACAAGCGCUCAAAGGCCAGCAUGGACGUAUACACUAGUGUCGUGCCGAAUACUUGGGGUAGGAUCAAGUGGCGGUUCGUCACGGGGGCAGCAGCAGCAGCGAAGGUGGGCGACGGUGGAAAUGAGAAAGUGGUGAAUCUGCAGGAUGAGCUGGACAGGUUGAGUGCCUCGAGUGCUGAACUGUCGGCGCUACUUUGGCAAUGA